AUGACGGGCCCUGUACACAACAGCGCCGUGUACAUUCUUGGACACGAGCAACACGCACCCGUUGUUCCUCCCCUCUCACCACCGUCCCCGGUCACACCCAGCAACGGCCCCGAGCUAUGUGGGCCGAUCGAAGAGCUCAGCUUGGACAACGACGUCGUGGUCCCAGGUCCAGCAUCUCCAUCCCUCCCACAAACUCCAUCCACUCCGAGAACCUCCGAAUUCGACGAUCAAUCCACCUCUUCAGAGCUUUUCGAUGACAGGCUCGCCAGCGCAAUUCACGUGUUGAACACGGAAGCAACCUCUCUCGCCUCCCUCACGCACCUCUACUCCAGUGAUCCUGUGGCACGGGUCGCCUUUAACUCCGCAGUCGACAUCAUCACCUCUAGGCAAAGAGACACGUCACGUGGCAAGCUCGUGAUCAUUGGUGUCGGCAAAUCCGGUCACAUUGCGCGCAAGUUGGUCGCAACAUUCAACUCCUUGUCCAUCCACGCCUCAUUCUUGCAUCCUACCGAGGCCCUCCAUGGCGACCUCGGCCACAUUGGUGCCGACGACACCCUCAUGCUCAUCACCUUCUCCGGCAAGACCCCCGAGCUGAGCCUGCUCAUGCCGCACCUGGAUGCACGGCUACCCCUGGUCGUCCUAACCGGCAAGACUCUUGAUGCUCCUGUGGUGCUCGAGAGAGAGAAGCAGGCCUCCGGGGCAACAAUUCUGCUACCCGCGCCCAUCCAUGAGAGUGAGACCGUGAGCUUCGGCGUGUCUGCCCCCACUACGAGCACCACCAUGGCGCUGGCGGUCGGCGAUGCGCUCGCUCUCACAUGCGCUCGGGAGCUGAACCCCAUGGCCGGCGGCGUGGCUGCUGUCUUUGGCACCAACCACCCCGGCGGCGCCAUCGGCGCGACAUACAAGAAGCCGCAGACCGUCAAGGACAUCAUGGUCCCCUUGGCAGACAUCACCUGCCUGUCAGGGUCACGCGUUCAGGUCGGCGGCGACGUGCUGAAGGCGGCAUAUGUCUGCAAGACCGGCUGGCUGCGCGUGGGCGAGGACGCUGUCGUUAGCCCCAGCCGCAUUCGCCGCAUGAGCUCUGCCGAGCUGGCGACGGGCGUCGCACAGAUGCCCUGGCUCGCCGUCCCGAGGGCAGCUUUCAUCUCGCUUGGUGCGGCUACACAGCUGAAAGACGCUGGAGAGUGGCUUCGCGCCAAUAUGCAGAAGCCGCGCGACUUGGUUGAAGACGAGGACGUCUGCACUCCCGAGUCAAUUGUUGCGGUGCUGGACAAGGGCGAGAUCAUCGGCGUGAUGGAGGCAACUGCCAUUCUGGAAGCGGCCUCGUAG